AUGUCCGCAAGUAUUGACCACCUCUGUCCGGAGCUUGUCACAAUCGUUGCUGAGCACCUUGGAUGCGAAGAUCUCUGUAAUUUUCGGCUUAGUGCUCGAUAUCUUACAGACUUUUCUCUCACGCUUUUCUCUAAUCGCUUCUUCCGUGAACGAGUCCAUCUGUUAAGUCGAUUUAACCUCAUGGCAUUGUUGAAUCUAUCACGCCAUCGCUUGUUCGGACUCUCAUUGCAGACCGUGGUCAUUUCAGCCGACCAGCUAAUCCCAGACCAACUACGUGAUAACCCCCGCUCUCUACCAUGCUGGAAUUGGGACGACAACUCUUCAAGUACUAUCGACAAAAGGGGCUAUCAAAAGCACCUCGACGAGCAGAAUUAA